AUGUUGUUCUAUUCAUUCUUCUGAUUUCCUCUGGGAUUUGCAUUACGUAUUGUGUUAUGGGCACUUUACAAUUAGUAUCUUCAGCAGAUAUGGCAAAACGGGGAGGCUCAACAAGAAUACUAUUUCCCAUUCUAAUUAAAUCUAAUUUGGAUUCAUCGAUUUCGAAUUAGAGUUUUUAAUUAGGGCGAAUGUGUAUGAUUUGAGCGUGCAAGUGUGUGUGGGGUAGUAUUACUAUUGUAAUCAUGUUUGCUCUAUGCUCUAUUAAUUGUGAUGCUUAGAUAUUUUGGGCUCAUCUCUCUUCACUUGACAACAGAAAACACUAUCUCAUCGUAACAAAGGGAUUGAGUUUAGUUUUGAUUUGGAAACCAUAAUUGUGAACAAUGUUGCUUGAUUCAUCAAUGCAACUGAAUGGCUUCCACAAACAGAGUUCAUGUUUUAGUUAGAUGGAUGAUAUGUUACAAUUAAAUGGUAAUUGUGCGUCGUAACGACAGUUGUUAUCUUCAAGAAAAUAAGGGAUCAAAACUAGAAAGUGGAAAUGAAAAGGUAGGUAUAAGUCCAGCAAUAACAUCUGAUAGAGGAAAAGGGAAAAGUAAGAUGUCAAAGCAAAUUACACAUGGAUAUCAUUUGGUGGAGGGAAAAUCAGGGCACGCCAUGGAAGAUUAUGUUUUUGCUGAAUUUAGACAAGUGGAUGAAAAUGAGCUUGGUCUGUUUGCUAUAUUUGAUGGGCAUUUGAGUCGAGAGAUCCCUAACUAUCUCAAAUCUCAUCUUUUUAACAACAUUCUGAAAGAGCCGGACUUUUGGAGUGCAAGUGAUGCUGCUAUCAGGAGAGCAUAUCGCAUAACUGAUAGCACGAUACUGGAGAAAGCCAAGGAUCUGGGAAAAGGGGGUUCCACAGCUGUGACAGCUAUAUUGAUCAAUUGUCAGAAGCUCGUGGUUGCCAAUGUUGGAGACUCUCGUGCAGUGAUUUGCAAGAAUGGUGUGGCGAAGCAGUUAUCAAUUGAUCAUGAGCCUGAAAAGGAAAGGGACACUAUUGAGAACAAGGGUGGCUUCGUAUCAAAGUUUCCAGGUGAUGUGCCGCGUGUUGAUGGACAACUAGCAGUAGCAAGGGCAUUUGGCGAUAAAACUCUCAAGGAUCAUCUUAGUUCAGAACCAGAUGUGAUAGUAGAGAUUAUAGAUGAUGAAACUGAAUUUAUGAUCUUGGCCAGUGAUGGUGUUUGGAAGGUUAUGUCGAAUCAAGAUGCAGUGAACUGCAUCAGGCAAAUCAAAGAUGCCCGAUCCGCAGCUAAACGACUAAAUGAAGAAGCACUUGCUAGAAAAAGCACAGACGACAUCUCCUCUAUUGUUGUAAGGUUCGGCUAGGUUUUUUCUUUUAUGUUUCUUGGACAAGGUAUGAUUUGGAUAGUUGGCAUAGCUUGUAGAUCACAACCUUAUUAGACCACUUUAUAUUUUGGUGUAUCGUUUAUAGAUAACAUGAUUAUCUCUGUCA